GGUCCGAGAACUACGAGGAGAUGAUGAUCUGGAAAGGCGGGUACCGUGGCCCCGCCAUCACGCUGGAGGAGGCGCUGCGUUGGGUACCCCCGGAGCGGCGAGCUAAGGCCAGGGUGCUGGACGUGGCCGCUGGGACGGGCUGCGUGGGCCGCGAACUCCACCGGGAAGGCUUCAGGCACAUAGACGCUGUGGACCCGUCGGAGGGCAUGAUGAAGCAGCGGGAGACUGGCAUCUAUACCAACGACUUCCUGGAGUUUUUCGGCAGCGGACACUCCACCGUGCCCAAAGACACAUACGACCUGGUGGUCACCUCGGGCGGUAUGGGAGAAGGUCACAUCUCACACAGUGGCCUCGACGACGUUGUGCGCGUCGCAAAGAACGGAGGCUUCGUGAUCAUCGUGAUGCGCCAUGAGUUCCUGCAGACCGUGCCUUCCUACAAGGACAAGCUGGAGCCUUACAUGGACCAGCUGGAGGCGGACGGGAAGUGGAAGAAGGUGGAGCGGCGCAUCGUCCCAAACUAUUUCUGUGACAAGGAGGGUCUCGUCUUCGUCUUCCGCAUCACUAAGCCUGAGUGAGGAGGAAAAGGACGGAAGGGAAAGGAGAGAGAUGAAGAGGAGAAGUUAU